AGAUUCACGUGCAAAUCAUGACCGAUAAAUUGUCCGAUGAAUACAGAAUGCUAGAAAAUGCGAAAUCCAGUGACAUUUAGUUAUCAUAAGUGAUUCAUUAUUUCCAAGUUUAGACAAGUUUGUAGUUUUAAUUUGUUGUAACGAAAUAACGCUUGAUGUCGGUCAUCUUUCAUUGGUGUAAAGUGCACCAGUUUUUAGAUAGCUGCGAACAACCGCAGCUACUACACCCGCAACAUUGACUGAUCCAAAUAGAUCGUAUUCGCGUUGACCUAUUUCAACAUUCUACUUCAGAAUGUUGGCAGCGGUAAAUUACUACACGGCAAUGGUGCUCUUUGCACUUAUACAGCGAUCAUUCUCGGCAAUGGUUCUUCCAAGGCCACCUUCUUCACCAAAUUAUAUCCAACACUUUGAUCGAAAAGGAAAUGACCAAAGAUUCUACGGGGGAAAAUCUUUACCAAGUUUUUCACACAGUUCCGACAUGGAAAGAGCCAAUAAUGCUAAUACCAACGAUUACAGUCUCGUAGAAAUUGAACUUCAAAGUCCAGACGAAAUGGACGCGUCCAGCCUUCAAAAUAUCAUACACGCGAUGCUGAAACAAUCUGAAGAAGCUGGCAACGAGAGUUAUCCAAAUCCAGAAGUGGUACCUCGCUCAAUUUUUGGUGUCAGAGAUGUUGGCCUAAGUGCCAACUUCAAAGCAAACGCGGUCAACGAGGGCAGACACGUUUUAGCAGAUCCGUCGAAAUUUCAAAGUUUCGAUGAAAAGCUUUAUUACUUAAAGAAUAGCAGACCAAAGGUUUAUGUGAACGUACGAGGCCAUAGCGGUUCUUUUCACAAAGGCGUAACAUCUAGAACGACUACUAUUCACGAUCCUAUAGAAUUUCUUAGAGUGACACCUCCUCUGCAAAGGCAAACCGACUGGACAUCUCAUCGCAAUAAAAUAAUUCGACCGUUAAAAAAAAUUGACCAUCAAACUAAUACAAAACGCGAAUAUGGUAAAAAUCUUUCGAAAAAGAAAGCUAAAAAACUUAAUAGACUAACUAUAGUUUACGGUUUAGAUAAUCUCUCCACUACUGAGAGCUCCAUGGUGACUUCCAGCGAGUUACCGAAACAGAUACCAGCACCACCGUCCAAAUUUCCAAGUAGAAUAUUAAUGGUACAGACCACGCCUGUUCAAAGAUAUGCUUUGAAGAGAACGAAUAUAUUGCCAGAAUAUAGUUUCUCAAACGUUUGAUGCUUUUUCAAAUACUCGAGCAAUUCUUGUUACAAGGUCAACAAAAAAAAUCAGUUUGCGAGGAAAGUGGACAGAUAGUGAAAACAGAUAUCGAUAAAGUUUUGAUAAAUACGGCUUGUUUAUACAAAAGUGUAAAUAUUAAUUGCAAUUUCUUACUCAAUAAUCUAUAUACUAUAAGGAUAUGUAAUAAAUAAAACUUAUGGAGUAUUGGUACUAGUUUGAUAACUUCAUCGAUAACUGCUUCCACUAUGUUCACUUAUUUUUGUCCCCAUCUGUAUCUCAUUCGAAACCACCGAAUGCUCGACGAUACUGUCAAAGUUUGCGAACAAUGAUAAUUUUUCUAUACCAAA